CCAUCAGUCAGUCGAAUAGUGAAGAUGUAUCUCAAGAGGAAUCUCCUUUUCCUGGUUUUUCUCACCAGUGUCACUCUCAAUUGUGUAUUCUGUGGUGAAACGGAGGAUGUGGCUGUGAAGAAUGAUAAGUUGGAUGGCGCGAGUGCUGAAUUGGCGGAUGAGAGAGACUCCGUCCAAACUGGCGCUCUGGAGCUCGAACAUGAGGUCAUAAAUGACGAACAGGCGGAUCAGCCCACGUCCGGCGAGCGCUUCGUGGCCAUUCACGUGGACACGAUGGGCGCACGCGAGGAGUUGAGUCCCACGCUGCUGGGCAUCACGCAUCUGGCGCUCACGUUCCUCCCGGCGGAGUAUCAGCUCUUGACUGUGAUCUCGGCCGCACGCGAGGUCGUGGCCGGCGUGCGAUUCAUCCUGGUGGUGAACGCGGAGCAUGUGGCGACUGGCGAGCGGGUGGUGUGCUCCAUGGAGGUGUUCGAGAAGCCCUGGAUCACGACUGAGUGGGGCGACAAGUGGCGGAUGCUCGAGGGGACAAAUUGCACGGGCAGUCCGAAUCCCGCGGCGCCUGAUUGGAGUCAGUACAACAGGGUGAAUCCCAUCUUCACGGACAGACCAAAGACAGUGUCCGAAGAGAGGCUGAAGGAGGUGGAGAAGCAAGUUGUGACAACGACACCCAGAGAUUACUAUGUGAUCCAUGACACGACGACAGAAUUGCCCGUGGCGCAACUGUCGGACGAAAUGAAGGCUCUCUUGGACGCGUACUUCCUGGCCGCCAAGUCGCCGGGAGAGAUUGUGAGGGAGAAUGUGGCGCCCGUGGAUGGUGGCGUGCGGCCAGAGGUGGAGGAGGAGACAAUUGUACCAAAGACUGCAUAUCCUCAAGGGGAUCCUCAAGCAGAGACUGAAGAACCGCUAAUCACAUCGACACAGGCCAGUGAAAUCACUCCAUCGCCUCCGCCAACCAAUGCAUAUCUUCCACCAGAGUCUACAGUCACUCCGGAGCUUUCGGAGGAGGAUUUGGGACAGCAACAGAUGAUCAUUGAUCCCUUCUUUACAAUUGACCCAGACCAAAUCCCUCCGAAUGGGAAUAUUCAGGUGCUUGAGCGGCAGAAGCGAGAAUUGAGUGUCACGGAGACACACAAAGUCCAAUUAGAAUCAGCAAUAAAAGAGGCGAAAAACAGGGAAAAAUGCAAAAGAAUUUUGGCUAACAAUCAAUGCGAUGAGAGUGAGGAAAAUGUGCGAGAAUGCGUGGAAAAUGUUCUUCCGGACACGGCAAAGUUGUGUCCGACUGAGCCGGUUCUUUGCAACCCCAAGUCGCUAAAGCUGAAGCAGACUCUGUGCAAGCCACUUUCGGAGAAGAAAGGCAGAGAGAAACGCGCUGGAAUACCAACUCUUGGCGGAGUGAGUGAAAUUGAUCUGUCGGAUGAAUCUCAUCCCAUUCACGAGGUCGUGAAGGAGAGUCUCGUGAGUCUCGGACAGACGGAAAAUGGUGAUGCUUAUAGCUUUGUCCGGAUCAACAGUGCCACAAGUCAAACAGUUGCAGGAACUCUUUACAAAGCGAAUCUGGAUGUAAAGGAUUCCGACUCGAAGGAUGUGAAAUGCGAUCUGGAAGUUUGGGAGCGAUUGUGGCUCAAUCCCAGUCGUGAAGUGAAAUUCAAUUGCGACAAUACCAAACAUUAUCACUUCAGACAGCGAAGAUCUCUCGACAAUGUGCAGCCUUUGUAUAUAAAAGGAGCUCCAGUUCCUAUUCCUGACUUUGAAAAUGACGAGAAAGUGCAGAAUCUCGUGAGGAAUUCUUUGGUGUCCUUCAAUGGCGAGGAAGGAAAUGCUUACAAGCUUCAUCGCAUUGUUAGUGCCACGAGGAAGACUGUGGCUGGAACUCUGUAUGAGAUCGAUGUGGAGUUCAAGAGGGAGAAUCCCGAGGAGGUGCUGAAGUGCAAACUGGCUGUUUGGGAGAGAUUGUGGCUGAAGGAGAACAACAGUCAAACGGAUGUUUCUUGUGAUGAGAACAAGAAGAAGUACACUUUCCGCUCCAAACGCUCACUGAUCUACGAUCAUCGUCGUCGUGAUGCGGAUUAUGAGGCGGAGGAGGAGCGAUUGAGGCACCAAAAAGAGACUCUGGCUCAUCAUGAGGAACUCUUUCACAAGUUCCAGCUGAAGUUUAGUCGUGCUUAUCACUCGUCGAUGGAGAAAUCUCUGCGCUUCCGCAUCUUCCAGGACAAUUUGGUGAAGAUUCAGCAGCUGAAUGAGCGCGAGAUGGGAACUGCCAAGUAUGGAGUGACGGAAUUUGCUGAUCUCACGCCAACUGAGUAUCGCAUGAGGACGGGUCUGUGGAGGAGGAGUUUGGAUGAGAAUCACAUUCCCAAUCCCAUUGCGGAGAUUCCAAACAUUAAGUUGCCGAAGAGCUUCGAUUGGCGUGAUAAGAAUGUCGUGAGUGAAGUGAAGAAUCAGGGCAAUUGUGGCUCUUGCUGGGCUUUCUCCGUCACGGGCAACAUUGAGGGUCUGCAUGCCAUCAAGACGGGCGUUCUGGAGGAGUAUUCUGAGCAGGAGCUGCUGGAUUGCGACACUGUGGACGGAGCGUGUGCCGGUGGAUUGCCUGACAAUGCGUACAAGGCCAUCGAGCAGCUGGGCGGCUUGGAGCUGGAAUCUGAGUAUCCGUACCGCGCUCGCAAGGGUGAGUGUGUGUUCAACAAGACCAUGAGCCAUGUGCAAGUGAGCGGAGCAGUGGAUCUGCCCAAGAACGAGACGGCCAUGCAACUGUGGCUGCUGCAGAACGGACCCAUUUCCAUUGGCAUCAACGCCAACGCCAUGCAAUUCUACCGCGGCGGCGUUUCCCAUCCGUGGCGGCCGCUCUGUCGCCACGGCAGCAUCGAUCACGGGGUGCUGAUCGUGGGCUACGGCGUGGCUGAGUAUCCGCUCUUCAACAAGACUCUGCCCUACUGGAUCGUGAAGAACUCCUGGGGUCCCAAGUGGGGCGAGCAGGGCUACUAUCGUGUCUUCCGCGGCGACAACACCUGCGGAAUCAACUCGAUGGCCAGCUCAGCAGUGCUGGCGUAGAGCCGUAGUUGCGAAAGUCUCCAGUAGUAGAACUAGAGAUUUAACUGAAAGAUAUACUAAAAAAAAAUACUUGUCUCUCUCGUAUUUUGUGAAAUUAUCCAUGGAAAUUUUUAUAACAGACUUCAUUUUUUUGAAUAAACAGUAUAAUGAUAAAUUACAAACUGUUGAGCAGAAUUCUUUCAUGAGAUUCUUGACACAGUUUUGCGGGGAAAGUAAUCUUCCGGAAAGCGAUAAAGGAAGUAGGAAAAUGAUUUUAUUCCAUAUUUUUUCAGUGUCAUAAAAGAAU